UGCAUGUCUUCUUAUAUUGGUGUUUUAGAAUGCACGUAGCCGUGAUGUUGCAUUAUACUAUCCAACAAAUACAAUGGCCAUCAAUCAAUGAGUAGUUACAAUCUAUAUAUGUACUUUCCCUUUCACCAAUUAUUCAAACUACCUACCUACCAAUGUCUUAGUCGAGCCCAACAUGGCUUCGAAAAGAGGUCCUACUCCUACUAGAUUAAUUAGCAAUCCGUUCAUUAAAAAGAGAAACUUAGAUUGGAACUUGGGACUCUCUAAUUUGAUCCGCGACGAUGAUGACGAUGGGAGCAGUAAUUUUGACGAAUUACCUAACCAAAAACCUCUGUCAGAAGAGAAUAUCUCAGAGGCAUCUGCAGUUGAAGCGGGAAAGGUUCAAAUCAAUGAUCAUGUAGGAUAUUUUAGCGAUCGCCUUAGAAAAGCCGCACUCGCCCCUUUUCCAUCCGGUAUGCCACAGUUGUUGAUAGAGAACUACCGUAGACUUUACGAGAGCAAUGCAGGUAGUCUAGAAGGUUCCCACUUCAUCAUACACCAGCAUGACCAUCCCAUAGCGGGUACGCACUACGACCUCCGGCUGCAAAUCAACAAGACGAGCAGCGUUUCAUGGGCUAUCAUGUACGGCCUCCCAGGAGAUCCCAACAGCCAGCGACUAAACCGGAAUGCAACAGAGACUAGGAUCCACUGUCUAUGGAACCACCUCAUAGAAACAGCUUCCAUGUCGACCGGUUCCCUGCUAAUUUGGGACAUGGGGACGUACAGCGUACUUCCCCAUGCUAACUCGAGCUUGAUGCAGUCGUCCUCGUCUGACAAUGAGGAAGAUGACGGCGAUGUAUCACCAAGGUUGACUGAACAGGAGAAAUUGCACCGCGCGUUUCAGUCGCGGAAAAUCCGCCUCCGCCUCCACGGCGCGGCACGGCUACCGCAUGAUUACGUGUUGAACUUACGGUUAACCAGAGAAGAAGACGCCGCGGGCCGUAUAAAGAGCGGGCGUACACCCACGAGGAGGCGACGACGAGGGGGGCGCAUGGCAAAAGCGGAGGAGACAACAAGGAAGCAAGCUGCCACAAGUUCCGACUCGGAAUCUACCUCAGGAAGAGGAGGAGAUGCCUCGGAAAUCGGGAACGCGCCACCGGCUGCGGGAGAAGGAGAUGAUAAGGCAAUCUCAGCGAUGGAGCGCGAGAUUCGCGAGCUAGAGGACGAGGAGGUGCGCCGUACGAACGCGUACAGCGGCGCGGAUAACUCGAUAGGAAGCGUGCAUCAGCGCCGGUGGUAUCUAUCUCUCGACCGAACCGCGUGUGGGUUCGUGAAGCGUCGGAAAGAAGGGCGGGUGGUUUGGGAGGCGGAGAAGGAGGGUAAAAUUAUUGGCGUAAAGGGAAAGGAGGUAGACGAAAACUCUGGCAGGCUGGCGUACCCGUUUUACGUCCGCGGCGUAGAAGUUGAACGUAGUGUUUUGACGGGGCGGACUGGUGCUGAGGUGCUUAGGGAUGAGGGUGUCAAGGGGUAUGUUGGGCGAAAGGGGUGGCAGCCUGUGUUGAAAUGAAAGUGUGGGGAUGGGACAUCCUUGAAAGACUUUUUAGUCUGUCUUCCCAAUGUAAUCCGUACUGGAAAGGGAAGGGGGCUCGGGUAUCUGUGAAAAGAAAUCAUGCGUGGCUUAGUACUAGGUAAUUAAUACAAUGAGAAACGAUAUGCGACUACUAGAGAAAUAAGAGAGCUAAUACCAUCCAUACAUGCGUGGCCUCUCGACAACGACGAGAACGAUUACCAAGACGGGUGAGAGCUGAACAGUAUUGACUUUAUUUCUCCUAGC